GCUGCCCCUGCCCCUCUGCUCAGAUGCUGCAUGUGGACACUGCCGUGCUUCUCUCCUGGCUGUUGCCUCCCUCUGCUCCUCAUCCCUGGCUGCCUGUCCUGUCCUGGCUGUGCCUGGCACAGGCCGUGCUGGCUGUCUCCUUUCCUGUCCCCUUGCCAUCCCUGUGCUGCUGUGUCUGUCCCCUCUGCGCCUGCGCAUCAGCUGUGGUGCUGCACACCCCGAAGCUGAGACGCAAGGUGGAGGGAGCUCGCGGGGGCAAUGCAGGAGGGAGGUGCUGCCCCAGAGAGCCGGGGCAGGCUGCCCUCCUGCCACAGGCAGCUGCCUCUCCCUGCCUGCUCUCUCUCUUCCAGGGGACAAAUGGAUCCCAGCUCUGGGAUACUGCCUUUGCCGUUCAAGCCUUUCUGGAGAUGCCGGAGAACCCAGCCGACUACCAGAAAUAUUAUUGCCAUAUGAACAAGGGUGGCUUCCCCUUCAGCACCCGGGACUGCGGCUGGAUCGUGGCUGACUGCACGGCAGAGGGGCUGAAGUCGGUGAUGCUGCUGCAGGAGAAGUGCCCCUUCCUAACCAAGCCCGUCCCCUCUGAGCGCCUCUUUGACGCCGUGAAUGUGUUGCUGAGCAUGAGAAACUCCGAUGGAGGCUUUGGCACCUAUGAAACCAAGCGAGGAGGUCGCUUACUGGAGCUGCUGAACCCCUCGGAGGUGUUUGGUGACAUCAUGAUCGACUACACCUACGUGGAGUGCACGUCGGCCGUCAUGCAGGCGCUCAGACACUUCCACGAGGUCUUCCCUGAGCACAGGGCCCCAGAGAUGAGAGAGACUCUGCAGAAGGGCCUGAACUUCUGUCGGAGGACGCAGCGAGCCAAUGGGUCGUGGGAAGGGAGCUGGGGGGGUUGUUUCACCUACGGCACCUGGUUUGGCCUGGAGGCAUUUGCCUGUAUGCAGCACACGUACCGCGAUGGGGCUGCGUGCAGAGAAGUGGCCCGGGCCUGCCAGUUCCUGCUCUCCAAGCAGAUGGCAGAUGGUGGCUGGGGAGAAGACUUUGAGUCGUGCGAGCAGCGCGUGUACGUGCAGAGUGCCGCGUCGCAGAUCCACAAUACGUGCUGGGCCCUGCUGGGACUCAUGGCUGUCAGGUACCCUGAUAUUAGUGUGCUGGAAAGGGGCAUCAAAGUGUUGCUCGAUAAACAGCUGCCCAACGGGGACUGGCCUCAGGAGAACAUUGCUGGAGUGUUCAACAAGUUGUGCGCCAUCAGCUACACCUCCUACUGCAACGUCUUCCCCAUCUGGACAUUGGGGCGUUCUCCCGGCUGCAUCCCAACAGCCCUCUCGCUGGGCAGCUGCAGCCCAGAUCCUCCUCUGGGGCAGGGAAAGCCCCAGAGGAGGCCUUGUCUGCCUGAGCCUGGGCCACUGCAGACACUGUGGCCUCCAAAUCGUCUCUGCUAUCGCCUGGCACGUGGGGGCACAGGACUAGUUCAAGCAAGAUCUCAACGCUGGUCUUACCACAGCCCUGGACCACUGCAUCUCCCAGGGAGGAGAGUGCCAGCAUGGUGCCACUGGGUCCCCGUUUGCUUUCUGUUGACCCUUUUCUAAGAAGCAGCUUUUUAAAAGCCUCUGUCUGGGUAUAUCCUCCCCCACAGGACAUGCAGCAGGGUGACUUUUCGGAUCAAACUGGUGACCUGAGAAGAGAAAGCUGCCCAGCUAUAUUGUAUUAGACAUCUAGACAGACUUGAUCUCUCAUCCUUGGUAGAGCAAAGCUGUUUUUAUCUUCCCCUUGUGCUGUCCCGGCUCUCUCAGGUUGGCUGUCUGCAGCAAGAGCCUGGGAUUUUGGGCUUUCCCUGUGCCCAGCAUUGUGAUGGGGUGCUCUACAUGCCCUGCUGAACCAGCCUCCGCUGUGUGAGCACCAACAACUGCCUUCAAAGUGCUCUCUGCUCUGGAGCCGUCACUGGGAGGGGAAGAGCAUCUGUCCCCUCUCCGCUGGUUAGGAAAGAGGAGUGCUUCACCUGUUUUUCUGCUCUUCUGCCCCCCAGCCAGUGGCACCUGGCUUCCCAGAGCCUCACGGGUGAGGUUGCCAGCAUCGUUCCCACUUUGAAAAACCAGACACAAAAAACAAGGCAGAAAGCACUGAGGUGGUCAGUGUUAGAGGCACAGCCCGGUCCCCUGGUCUCCAGCCAGGCACGCUAGUUUUCUAGCAUGGAUGAGUUGCGCUGGAGGCUGUUUUGUGCCUUCUGGCACCCUCCGUCACGGGGAGGGGAGGGAUGCCCCUGGGCAGCUGUGUGCUGGGGGCAUUUCCUUUUUGUCAUCAGAGCUGGAAGUCGUGCUGAGUGGCUGAUUAAUAAAUUACUAAUGGUGUUGCAUGUGGUA